UGAAUAAGGAAAAGAAGGAUAAAAGAGAAAGAGAGAGAGAGAGUAUCCGCCGUUUUGGAAACGGGCUUUUGAGUUUGUUGACUUGGCAAAGGCAAAGGCAGCGGUUGUAAUAAAUAUGAAUAAAUAGCGUUUGGUGAUGUUCAUAAGACGUGUCUCUGUCUUUCUUCUCGGUGAAGUCAAGGUUGUUCUGUUCUUCUACGCAGACACACACACAAACACAUAACAUAACGCCCCUCCUUCUCUUCUUCUUUCCCUUCAAAUUCUAUUUCUUCAUCCAUUUUGUGCUCCAAACAGCACAAACAUUACAAUCACACCGGUGUUCUUCGCUUUCUACUCUUCUAAAAGUGACUUAACAGCUCAUAUUGAAACUUACCUACAGAAUAGAGGAUCAUGGGUUGCUUUGGCUUCUGCAAAGGAGAUGAUAGUGUCACAGUUGCUGACAGAGGACCUUUCAUGCAAAGCACUCCUACUGGGAACCCCAGUUAUCAUGGAAGACACGCAGCAGUAACUGCUCCUCGGACUAUAAAUGUUCAACCUAUUGGUGUCCCUUCAAUUACAGUAGAUGAGUUGAAGCCUUUGACAGAUAAUUUUGGCUCAAAAUGUUUCAUUGGUGAGGGUGCAUAUGGGAAAGUAUAUCAAGCCACAUUGAAAAAUGGGCGUGCAGUGGUAAUCAAAAAGUUAGAUUCCAGUAAUCAGCCAGAGCAGGAAUUUCUUUCUCAGGUCUCCAUCGUAUCAAGGCUAAAGCAUGAAAACGUUGUUGAGCUUGUUAACUAUUGUGUUGAUGGUCCUUUCCGUGCCCUUGCCUAUGAGUAUGCUCCUAAAGGAUCCCUUCAUGAUAUUCUACAUGGACGCAAAGGUGUCAAGGGUGCACAACCUGGUCCAGUUCUCUCAUGGGCUCAGAGAGUUAAAAUUGCUGUUGGAGCAGCCAGGGGACUUGAAUAUCUUCAUGAAAAGGCAGAGAUUCAUAUCAUCCAUCGUUACAUUAAGUCUAGUAACAUACUUCUUUUUGAUGAUGACGUUGCGAAGAUUGCUGAUUUUGAUUUGUCAAAUCAAGCCCCUGAUGCAGCAGCACGUCUUCAUUCUACCCGUGUUCUUGGGACCUUUGGUUACCAUGCUCCAGAAUAUGCAAUGACUGGACAACUCACUUCAAAAAGUGAUGUUUAUAGCUUUGGAGUUAUAUUACUGGAACUCUUAACCGGACGUAAACCGGUUGAUCAUACACUACCCAGAGGACAGCAAAGCCUUGUGACUUGGGCAACACCAAAGCUUAGUGAAGAUAAGGUGAAGCAGUGUGUUGAUGUUAGACUAAAGGGAGAGUACCCUUCAAAGUCAGUUGCAAAGAUGGCUGCUGUUGCUGCAUUGUGUGUGCAAUAUGAAGCUGAGUUUCGGCCAAAUAUGAGCAUUAUAGUGAAAGCUCUACAGCCUCUACUGAAUACUCGAUCUUCUCACUCAAAGGAAUCAUCCAACAUGUAAAUUCCAAAAUCAUUCUUCCCUUCUUUCAGACUGCAGAGUGUGUUGACCAAUUGUCCUUGUGACACGUGUCUGUAAUUACAUAUUCCGAGGUAUUAGUAUUAAAAUAUCAUUUGCUGCGUUAUUAUAUUUGUAUCUCAACAAAACAUGUUAUAAAAAUAGUGAUGUAGGUGGCAAGAGAUCAUAGAUAGUUAAGUUUAUGGUUUGAACUUGAAUACUUAUUGGAAUUUGUAUUUGUUUGCUUGUUUAUUUUUUCUCUCCCUACCAGCCGUGUACAAGUGAAUUUAUAAAAUAUUACUUCUCAUGCAUGUAUAGUUGCAUUACAA